AGAAUCCCUUAGCAUUUCAUUCACAUAGCAUGUGGCCAUUUCCAUUGGCUAUAAGAGUUUGGCGAACAUGAAUAUUCAUUUUACGCUUUUUGCGUCUUGGCGCGUGAGUCGGCGCGGGUCGUUUGGAGCAUUGCACCCCUUUACUAUGCUUCAUAGUAUUAAAGGAAAAUGAGUUCAGAUAUCGGUAACGCUGUCAUAGUUAAUCAGAGUCAUUUCACCAUAUCAAUUUUUUACGCAAAGAUGAAUUUGUACGGAACGCCUCUAUAGUAUUAUAUAUUCCAGUGUUGGAUUUACAUGUUAUAUUGUAUACAGUUGGUGCUGCUGGGGAUCGUGUGUGAUUAGAUAUUGAAUAUGACAUUUUCACGGGUUCUAUCUGUUGUUUCUUACCUUGUGAUACUCUUUGGUCAGGAAACAGAAGGGAUUAUACGAAAUAUACCACAUAGAACCUCAAAUGAUAUUUACGUGGAUCCUUGCAAAGCAGUUGCAUUUUCUGGUGAUAUAUCAUUAGCUGAUGAAGACAUACAUUUUAGCAGUAUUCCACAAAAUAGCAGCAGAAAUGCAUUUAAUGAACUCUAUGAACUUCAAGUUGAAGAUGUAGGUGCUGCAUCAAAGUAUAGUGACAAAGAAUAUUAUUCUAGAAUAGAGAAAUAUCUUUCAAGAAAACCCACACAUAAACCAAAGACAGUUUUAAGUGAAGAACAGAAAAGAAAGAAAAAAUUAAAGAAACAAAAGAAAACCAGAUGCCCAAAAGGUGAUAAAAUAUGCAGAGAAUUAAGACGAAAGCAAAGAAAGGAGGAAAGACUGAAGAGAAAAGAAGACAGAAGGCAGAAGAGACUAUUAAAAAAACAAAAAAGACUCAGGAAAAAGCAAAGACUAUCAAAGUUAAAAAGAGGUUUAAAGAAUGAUAAGGUUACAAGGACGAAGAGAGCAGCGACCGCAAGACCAGAAAGGUUGUGGGAUUAUGGAGUCAUUCCAUAUGAAAUUGAGGCUAACUUUAGUGGUCAACACAAAGCCUUGUUUAAGCUUGCCAUGAGACAUUGGGAGAAUUACACCUGCAUAUCUUUUGUAGAAAGGCAACCUGCGCACAAAAAUUAUAUUGUCUUCACAGAGAGACCAUGUGGGUGUUGCUCAUUUGUGGGCAAACGUGGUAAUGGAGCCCAGGCCAUAUCCAUUGGUAAAAAUUGUGACAAGUUCGGGAUUGUUGUUCAUGAGUUAGGCCAUGUGGUUGGAUUCUGGCAUGAGCACACACGCCCUGAUAGAGAUCAGCAUGUACAAAUCAUCUACAAAAACAUCAUGCCAGGUCAGGAGUACAACUUUAACAAGCUGACAGGAAGUGAAGUGAACUCUCUUGGUAUGGCCUACGACUACGGCAGCAUUAUGCACUAUGCUCGUAAUACCUUUGCUAGGGCCACUUAUGUGGACACCAUUUUACCACGUAAAAAGCCCGAGAUGAUUAUCCGUCCUGAGAUUGGUCAGCGAGUCAAACUCAGUCCUGGAGAUGUGGAACAAGCAAACAAACUCUAUAAAUGUCCAGCUUGUGGACGCACACUUCAGGAAUCUAUAGACAAAUUUUCGUUCACACCUACCAAUGGAAAGUCUGCUACCUGUCAGUGGAGGAUUUCAGCCACCCAUGGGGAAAAAAUUGUCCUGAACCUAACUGACCUGGAUAUUCCGGAGUCAAAACAAUGUGAAAAGCACUACCUAGAGGUCCGGGAUGGGCAUUUUAUCAUGUCGCCUCUACUGGGUAGGUUCUGUGGAGACAAUGCCCCCGCCAUGCUGAUUUCUACAGAUAGCAGGAUGUGGCUGGAGUAUCAUACGUCAGACGGACAGGGAACAGGGUUUUCUGCUCAAUAUGAAGCUAUUUGUGGUGGAGAGAUCCACAAGGACCAGGGUCAACUGACCAGCCCCAACUACCCUGAUGACUACAAAUCCAAUAAAGAGUGCAUUUGGAAAAUCACUGUAGAUAAAGAUUAUUCUGUGGCACUCAAAUUCCAGUCAUUUGAGAUUGAGAGUCAUGAUGAUUGUGUGUAUGAUUACCUUGAAAUCCGGGAUGGUCCUGAUCCUACCUCAAAAGAGCUCGGCCGAUUCUGUGGAUACAAAAUCCCAGAGGACGUAAAAUCCUCGGGAAAUACUCUCUUUGUUAAGUUUGUAUCAGAUGGCUCUGUUCAGAAAUUAGGAUUUGCAGCAUCUUUUGUUAAAGAAUAUGAUGAAUGUGCAACAGAUCAUCAUGGCUGUGACCAUAUCUGUGUCAACACCCUCGGCAGCUUUAAAUGCGAAUGUAAAAUUGGUUAUGAACUUCACUCGGAUGGUAAAAAAUGUGAAGAUGCUUGUGGAGGCUACAUUGAUCAGGCCAACGGCAGCAUACAAAGCCCCUCCUUCCCUGACCUGUAUCCCCCUAACAAGAACUGUGUGUGGCAGAUUGUGGCACCUGACCAAUACCGCAUCACUCUUAACUUCUCCCACUUUGAUAUGGAGGGUAACAAUCAAGACUGCGAGUAUGACUCAAUUCGUGUGAGUAGUGGGGUUGGACGAGAUUCGGUGAUCCAUGGAAUUUACUGCGGUCCAACGCUUCCCUCAUCCAUCACAUCAGAAAGUAACACCCUGAGAAUCGAAUUUAACUCUGACAACUCAGUCCAGAAAACAGGAUUUCAUGCACUCUUCUUCACUGACAAGGAUGAAUGUGCUGUAAAUAAUGGUGGCUGUCAACAUGUCUGUAAAAACACAGUGGGAAGUUAUGAGUGUGCCUGUCAUAAUGGAUUCACCCUGCACGAAAACAAGCACGACUGCAAAGAAGGAGGUUGUCAGCACAAAAUCAAGGAUCCAGAGGGUGAAAUCAGCAGCCCCAACUGGCCAGACUUUUACCCAAGUCGUAAAGACUGUGUGUGGCACUUCACCACCACCCCAGGACAUCGUAUCAGACUCACCUUUAUCAACUUCGAACUGGAACCACAUCAGGAGUGCACCUACGACCACAUAGAAGUGUUUGAUGGAAAGAACAUUAACAGUCACAGCCUAGGGAGGUACUGUGGGAGCAAGCUGCCACACCCCAUCACUUCCAGCAGCAACCAGAUGUACAUGGUCUUCUACUCUGAUGCCUCUGUACAAAGGAAAGGAUUUCAUGCAAGCCACAAGACAAUUUGUGGAGGUGUCUUGGUUGCCAAGGAGACUAACCACCGUUUGUUUUCACAUGCCAAACAUGGUGACCAGAACUAUGACAACAAGAUGGAGUGCGAAUGGCACAUUGUGGCCAGCCCAGGGCAUCAUGUCAAAUUCAAGUUUGACACUUUUGAAAUUGAAGAUGAAAGUGAUUGUGGCUAUGACAAUGUUGAGGUGUUCGAUGGAAAACUAGAUACAAGUCCAGGAUUGGGAAGAUUCUGUGGAAGCAAGGUUCCAAAUGAAAUAAUAUCUACUGGUCAAAAUCUGCUAGUGAGAUUCAAAUCCGAUGAUACAAUCAACUGGAAAGGCUUCUCGGCAACGUAUCAAGAAGUUCCCUCCAAAAACCAAGGUUCAGGGGUCAUCAAACCACUUCCUAUGUCCUAGUCAGGGGUUGGAGUCUGAGCUGGAGAACACUUAGUCUCCAUGACAUGGAUUGUCGUGAUUGUUUCAUGAUAUGUUAAGAGUUAUGAAGAGUAUAGAGGCAAAAUGAAUGGCCUGUAUGCAACAUUUAUGAUUUUAACAUGUGUGAAAUUUAAAUGCAUAUAUUUGCUAAAAAUUCCACAUCAAGUUAGUUUUGUAAACAAAUACAUAAUGGCAAGGGAUGAUGUUUUCGUUUGAAGUAUAUUAUUUCAAAUGUCUCUAUAUGUGUAUUUAAGAAAUUUCAGGUAAAUUAUUGUAUUGAUAUGCUAACUAUGAAUAAUUUAUGUUUGUUGUUAAUUAUGUUUCCAUUUUAUUUGUACAUGAAAAUGUUGAUGGAUAUGUCCUCCAUGUACGUGAAACCAUUUUGAGUUCUGGAGUGUAUUUGUUACGGUUUCUUCUCUGUUGAUUUGUUUUGUAUUAGUAAUGUGUUAUGCGUCAUUGUCUGUAUUAGGUUUUAGUAGACAUAAACAGAUAAAGAGUAUAUUUUCUCAAUUCAUAGAUAUACAUGUAUCAGCACUCCAUUUUUUUUUUUUUGUGUUUAGUGAACUUAUUUCACUAAAUAUCAGACCUUUACAUUUUGUAAAGAGUAUAUUUUAUAUUUCAUUUAACUAAAAACUAAUUUUAAUAUGUUAUGAAUACAUUUGAAAUAUGAAAAUUGAAAACUUAUUUUAAAGACAACUUACGUAACUCUGAUAAUUUUUUAUUGCUGUUACCACAACUUAUUGUUCAAUGUUGACUGGUGUACAUUUUAUCAUUAAAAAAUUUAUUUUGAAAAAA